AAAGAUGUCGGGGGUUCCAAGAGUGGAGCGACCCCGUUUUAGGAGAUCAUCUCGUCCCGUUUCUAAUUCUUAUUUUUUUGAAUGGUAUAUAUAUUCGUGAAGUAUCUUAUAGGAAAUCCUACCGUUCCUGAAAAAUAGUACUGUCUUUAACAAUCGAAUAUUCGCUAUGGCGCAGACAGUCCCCUGUCGUCGUGACCCAAGCGCUGGCAUAGGGCUUAGAGCAGUUCUCUCCGCUCAAGAAAAAUCCACACCACCAGUUCAAAUCCCAACUCCGCAUACCAACGCUGAUGAAGUGAAAAGAACCUGCGACUCAUUCCUACUCGAGUCCUUCACAGCCGAGGAUGCUUGGGAGCUCGGGCAUCUCCUUUACGCACGGUUACUUCCGUUCUCAUCUGAAAAGCCUACUUUGAUCUCCAUAUCACUGGCCAACAGUGGACAGGUCCUAUUCCAGACUGUUGUUGGAUCAGGUACGGUGCCUGAUAACGAGAUCUGGGUGCAGAGAAAGACGAAUACCGUCCUCAGAUUCGGUACUAGUACCUGGUUCCAGCAUUGCAAAUAUGCUGGUAACGAAGAGAUAUUCCGAAAGAAAUUUGGAAUGAGUCUCGGGCAAGCCGAGAAGUAUGCCAUUCACGGUGGCGGCGUGCCAAUCCGCGUCAAGGGGGUUGAGGGUAUCGUUGCUGUUGUAGUCGUUUCUGGGCUUCAACAGCACGAGGAUCAUGGUGUCAUUGUUGAUGUUAUCAACAACAACUGGCAAUAACAUAUAUUAAACUUAGAGGCGAAUAGUGAAGAAUGUCAUCGAAAUGGCGUGCAGAGGAUGGCAAGCGGGCUGGUGGGAAAUGACCCUAUAGUAGCAGUGAGUGAAAAAUGAUUAACUUGUCAGUCCGCAAAAACAUAACCUCCAUAUUUAAACAAAAGUCUUUUACAAAGGAU